AUGCCGGCUACACAGAAGCCAAUGAGAUAUGGACAUACAGAGGGGCACACGGAUGUCUGUUUUGAUGAUUCUGGGAGAUUAUUGUUUGAUUCGGACCAUCAUGGUAGUUUCAGUAUAUCAGAGAAGUUAAAGUCUCGAGAGGAGUUAGAUAAUGGAAAAUUGGUCACUGCAGUUUCUAAUAAUACUAUUCAAGUGCACACAUUUCCUGAAGGAGUUCCAGAUGGUAUAUUGACUCGCUUCACUACAAAUGCAAACCAUGUGGUCUUUAAUGGGGAUGGCACUAAAAUUGCUGCUGGAUCUAGUGAUUUCCUAGUCAAAAUUGUGGAUGUGAUGGAUAGCAGCCAACAGAAAACAUUUCGAGGACAUGAUGCCCCUGUUCUAAGUCUUUCCUUUGAUCCUAAGGACAUCUUUCUGACAUCAUCUAGUUGUGAUGGAUCUGUCAGAGUGUGGCAAAUUUCAGAUCAGACAUGUGCUAUUAAUUGGCCACUGCUACAAAAAUGCAAUGAUGUGAUAAAUGCAAAAUCAAUCUGCAGACUUGCUUGGCAGCCGAAAAAUGGAAAAACCCUCAAUAUAGUAACCUGGUCUCCCUGUGGGCAAUAUUUAGCUGCAGGUAGUAUUAAUGGCUUAAUUAUAGUAUGGAAUGUGGAAACCAAAGACUGCAUGGAAAGGGUGAAAAAUGAGAAAGGUUAUGCAAUUUGUGGUCUGGCGUGGCAUCCUACUUGUGGUCAAAUAUCUUAUACUGAUGCACAAGGAAAUCUAGGGCUCCUGGAGAAUGUUUGUAACCUAACCGGAAAGACAUCAAGCAGUAAGGUAUCUAGCAGAGUGGAAAAGAAUUAUGAUGAUCUUUUUGAUGGAGAUGAUGCAAGUAAUGCUGGUGAUUUUCUAAAUGACAAUGCAGUUGAGAUCCCCUCUUUUUCAAAAGGGAUUAUAAAUGAUGAUGAGGAUGAUGAUGACCUCAUGAUGGCCUCAGGUCGUCCUAGACAGCGAAGUCACAUCCUAGAAGAUGAUGAAAACUCAGUUGAUGUUACAGUGCUAAAAACUGCUUCUAGUCUUCUCAAAGAAGAGGAGGAAGAUGAUCAGGAAGGCAGCAUUCACAGUCUACCACUUGUAACAUCCCACAGGCCAUUUUAUGAAGGACCCAUGCCAACUCCCCGGCAAAAGCCAUUCCAGUCAGGUUCUACACCCUUGCAUCUCACUCACAGGUUCAUGGUGUGGAACUCUGUUGGAAUUAUUCGCUGCUAUAAUGAUGAGCAAGACAAUGCCAUAGAUGUGGAGUUCCAUGAUACUUCCAUACACCAUGCAACACACCUAUCAAACACUUUGAAUUAUACAAUAGCAGAUCUUUCCCAUGAAGCUAUUUUGUUGGCAUGUGAAAGCACUGAUGACCUAGCAAGUAAGCUUCACUGCCUGCACUUUAGUUCUUGGGAUUCAAGCAAAGAGUGGAUAAUAGAUAUGCCUCAGAAGGAGGAUAUUGAAGCCAUAUGUCUGGGUCAGGGAUGGGCUGCUGCUGCCACUAGUGCCUUGCUCCUUCGAUUGUUUACUAUUGGAGGUGUUCAGAAAGAGAUCUUCAGCCUUCCUGGGCCUGUGGUGUCAAUGGCAGGACAUGGAGAACAGCUUUUUGUUCUUUAUCACAGAGGUACAGGAUUUGAUGGGGAUCAGUGCCUUGGAGUUCAACUGCUAGAGCUGGGGAAAAAGAAAAAACAAAUUUUGCAUGGUGACCCUCUUCCUCUUACAAGGAAAUCCUAUGUUGCAUGGGUUGGGUUUUCAGCUGAAGGUACCCCCUGUUAUGUGGAUUCAGAAGGCCUUGUUCGAAUGCUUAACAGAGGGCUUGGUGAUACAUGGACUCCCAUAUGUAACACGAGAGAACACUGCAAAGGAAAAUCUGAUCACUACUGGGUGGUUGGGAUCCAUGAAAAUCCCCAGCAACUAAGGUGGGCUAUGACAAAAUGUGUGAAGUUGACUCUAAAAAGGGAAGGGGCUAAUAGCAGUUUAAUAGUUGACUACAAGUAUAGAAUUCUCAGUUCAGAGAGUAUCGACUUAGAACAGUUUUGGCAUUCAGUUAUGUUUCACAACCACCUCGAUUAUUUAGCUAAAAAUGGUUAUGAAUACGAAGAGAGCACUAAAAAUCAAGCAGUAAAAGAACAACAGGAACUGUUAAUGAAAAUGUUUGCGCUUUCUUGUAAACUGGAACGAGAAUUUCGUUGUGUGGAACUUGCUGAUCUGAUGACUCAAAAUGCUUUGAGUUUAGCCAUUAAAUAUGCUUCUCGCUCUCGGAAAUUAAUAUUGGCCCAAAGACUUAGUGAACUGGCUGUAGAGAAGGCAGCUGAAUUGACAGCAACCCACGUGGAAUCGGAAGAAGAAGAAGAAGAUUUCAGAAAAAAGCUGAAUGCUGGUUACAGUAAUACUUCCACAGAGUGGAGCCAGCCAAGGCUCAGAAAUCAGGUUGAAGAAGAUGCCGAGGACAGUGGAGAAGCUGAUGAUGGAGAAGAAAAACCAGAAAUACAUAAGCCUGGACAGAACUCAUUUUCCAAAAAUGCAAAUUCCUCUGACGUUCCAGCUAAGUCAGGUGCAAUAACCUCUAGCAGCCAAGGACGAGCAAACCCCUUCAAGGUAUCAGCCAGUUCCAAAGAGCCAGCCAUGUCAGUGAAUUCAGCACGUUCAAGUAAUAUUUUAGAUAAUAUGAGCAAAUCAUCUAAGAAGUCCACUGCACUUAAUCGAGCUACAAAUAGUGAAAAGUCUCCAGUUAUAAAGCCUCUGAUUCCAAAGCCAAAGUCUAAACAGGUAUCUGCAGCAUCCUAUUUCCAGAAAAGAAAUUCUCAAGCCGAUAAGACUGAAGAACUAAAAGAAGAAAAUCCUAAAAAUGUAUCAUCUGAAACCCCAGCUAUGAGUCCUGAAAACAUUGAAAACCAAAGGCCAAAGACUGGAUUUCAGAUGUGGCUAGAAGAAAAUAGAAGUAAUAUUUUGUCUGACAAUCCUGACUUUUCAGAUGAAGCAGACAUAAUAAAAGAAGGAAUGAUUCGAUUUAGAGUAUUGUCAACUGAAGAAAGGAAGGCAUGGACUAACAAGGCCAAAGGAGCAGCUGCAGAUGAUGGAGCUGAAGCAAAGAAGAGAAAACGUGUGGUUGAUGAAAGUGAUGAAACAAAAAACCAAAAAGAAAAAGCAAAGGAGAAUCUGAAUUUGCCUAAAAAGCAAAAACCUUUAGAUCUCUCUACAAAUCAGAAACUAUCAGCUUUUGCAUUUAAGCAGGAGUAAAGGAAGAAAGUGACCCUAGGAAAGUAAUGGAUUUUUUACUCAUCUUUGAUGAAUCUGGACUUUUUUAAUCUUUAGGA